AUGACCCACAAUGCCGGCCAACCCAGUGACACCAAACCCGACCAAGUCACCAAUUGCCAACCCAGCCUUCCGACCAAUAUCGAUGGCAAAGACGUCGACUCUAAAGAUAAUAAGGUUGAUACCAACAUCGACCUCAACGGUGCGGAUAUACGUCGCACACCAGACACACAAGGGUCCAACCUACCAAAGUUGACCCAAGUCACUAUUACAAACGUUCUUCAAGUGAAAUUCGCACUAGCACAACUCCGACUAGAACACUUAAUCAACAGCAGUGUUCCGCGGCCCGCCAAAGGCCAGCACAACUACAACAGAUGGGUGCAAUGGUCUCGUACUGUCGCCAACUGGCUGUAUCUUCAGGUUGACGAAACCAUCCAGGAACGGCUUCAGCAGCGCCGCAAUAUAUCUAGCAAAGCGGACGCUUUAUUCGACAGAAUUAUGAAGAUGGUUCGGGAAAGCGACAACGCUGUCAAUUUAAGCGCCAAAAUCAACAACUACGACAGCAAAACGAGAUCGGACUUUGGAGCCGUUAGAAAAUACAUUGCAGUACACCAAUCUCAGUAUCACUUGCUUGGUUCGAAGCUGCUCCCCGUCUCUUCUUUGUGCUAG